UCGUAACGGAACAUCCGUGCACUGUUCUCAAUGUGUCCGUUUGUUUAAAGGCGAGCUAUCGAAUAAGAGAUAAACGGGGUCCAUAGUGGCGGGGUAACGCGGACAGAAGAACCCACACAGGUCCCGUUUGCUGAAAGGAGGACUAAAAAAUGGAGCUGGAAGACGGAGUUGUGUACCAGGACGACCCGGGGACAUCAGCGAUGAUGUCGGAGCGGGUAUCGGGCCUGGCCAGCUCCAUCUACCGCGAGUUCGAGAGGCUCAUCGGGAAAUACGACGAGGACGUGGUGAAGGAGCUGAUGCCGCUGGUCGUGGCCGUGCUGGAGAACCUGGACUCGGUGUUCGCGGAGAACCAGGAGCACGAAGUGGAGCUGGAGCUGCUGAAGGAGGACAACGAGCAGCUCAUCACCCAGUACGAGCGGGAGAAGGCGCUGAGGAAGCAUGCGGAGGAGAAAUUCAUUGAGUUUGAAGACACCCAUGAACAGGAGAAGAAGGACCUGCAGAACCAUGUGGACAGGAAGGAGUCGCACUCCCGGCAGCUGGAGCUCAAAAUCAAGAACUACGCAGACCAGAUCGCCAGGUUAGAAGAACGUGAGCUGGAGCUCAAGAAGGAAUAUAACUCCCUCCAUCAGCGACACACAGAGAUGAUCCAUAAUUACAUGGAGCAUGUGGAGAGGAUCAAAAUGCAGCAGAUCAGCGAGGCUUCAGAGUCGAGCUCGGUGGGCCGGGUCCGGAGAGAGCGGCCUCUUUCUCUGGGGAUUUUCCCGUCGUCGGGCGGGGCGUCUCUGCUCAUCCCGGACCCUCAGACCCGGGCAGAGACCCCGGGAACGGAGGGCUGGAGGUUCGCUGACUCGUCACAGCUGCGGUCCAACACCAGUCUCAAGCAGUUGGACUUUGCCGACCCCUCUAAGGACAGGGGGGGUAAGAGCGCGCAGGACUCUACUUGGGGGAAUUCACUGGCAGACGACUGCAAGGAUGAGCUGUCAGAUUUCACCGGCUCCAAAUCGGCCACGCCGAUGUCCGCCGCCGCCUCGGACAUGGAGAAGGAAGACGGGAACAGUAAGAGUACCGAAGUGCAGGCGGCACCCGGGACCAGAUCGAUAUCAGUAGGGCUUCCUGAGAACGAGGACAGCUCAGACGUGCAGGACAUUAUUGAAUCCACCCCUGAGCUGGAUAUGGAUCUCAUGGGAUACAAAGCCUGCAGCACUCCCACCAAAGGCAUCGAGAACAUGGCGUUCGACCGAAAUACAGACUCUCUGUUUGAGGAGCUGUCGUCCGCGGGCACCGGGCUCAUUGGAGACGUGGACGAAGGGGCGGAUUUGCUGGUGGAGUACUCUGACCUUAGUUUGAUUGGUAUGGGCCGGGAGGUCGAAAAUCUAAUUCAGGAGAAUUCGCAGCUACUUGAGACAAAGAACGCCUUGAAUGUGGUGAAUAAGGACUUGAUCUUGAAGGUGGAUGAGUUGACCUGUGAGAAGGAGAUGCUGCAGGGCGAGCUGGACGCCGUGCUGCAGGCCAAAACCAAGCUGGAAGAGAAGAACAAAGACCUGGAGGAGGAGCUCAAGAAAGUACGGCUGGAGGUGGAGGAAGUGAAACAGAAAACUAAAGACGAGGAAGAUAGCGACGUGCCGACCGCUCAGAGGAAGCGCUUCACCCGGGUGGAGAUGGCCCGGGUGCUGAUGGAGAGGAACCAGUACAAAGAGCGGCUGAUGGAGCUGCAGGAGGCCGUGCGGUGGACGGAGAUGAUCAGGGCCUCCAGGGAGAAUCCAGCUCUCACAGAGAAGAAGAAGUCCAGCAUCUGGCAGUUCAUUAGCUUCAGCAGACUGUUUAGCUCCUCCUCCAGCUCGCCUCCGAUAAAGAAGGCGGACUCGCAGUCCAACGUGAAGUACAACUCCCCCGGCAGCCUGGUGAAGAGGAGCAGCACCUUCUCCCAGUUCCCCACCGAGAAGUCGAAAACCUUCGACUUCCUCAUCGAGGAUAAGGAGCAGUGCAGCUCGCCGUCGCGUAAAGAGCAGAAGAGAGCUCAGUACCGGCAGGUCAAGGCCCACAUGCUGAAGGAGGACGGGCGAGUCACGUCACACGGCUGGAGCCUGCCCAGCAGAUCCAAGGUGUCGAAUGGACAGGUGGAAAACAAAAUGAACCUGCCUGUGCCCGUUUACUUAAGACCUCUGGAUCAGAAAGAUGCUUCUAUGAAGCUGUGGUGCGCUGCAGGAGUCAACCUGUCCGGGGGGAGGACGUUUCUCUCAUCGGAGCUCAGCAAGCAGACGAAAGGCUCUCAGAGCAGUCUGGACCAGCUGGAGCAGGACAGUAAGGAUCAGGAGAAAGUGGAGAAGGAGAAGGAGCUGAUUAUCCACGACGAGAUGUCCAGUCGGGUGUGGGUGUGCACGAGCACUCAUUCCUCCACCAAGGUCAUGGUGCUGGACGCCACUCAGCCCUCCGACGUUCUCGACAGCUUCUAUGCCUGCAACACACACGUUGUGUGUAUCGCCAGUGUGCCAGGGGUUUUGGAUUCUGAUUUCCCGGCGGGUGAAGAGGUUCCUCCAGACCCGGAAGCCGGUCAGGGCGACGGCGUGUCGCUGGCAGGAAGCGUCGCCAGCGUGGGCUCGACGGGCAGCGACGGCACCAUGGCGGCAGAGGGCACGACGGCCAUCCCCCAAACGGCCAACGCCUGCGUCAGCGACCAGCCGGCCGAGCACAGCGCCCUCUCUGGCUCAGUGGAGCUGUCCAGAGAGACCAGUCCGUCAGAAGACGGGGUUCCUACGGCGGAAGAGGCGACAGAAGCCACCGAGGCCAACGCCGGCGUGGGCGAGGAAGGCAUGGAGGACCAGGGAGCAGACCAGAACCAACCAGGCAUCUACACCGAGCACGUCUUCACCGACCCGCUGGGUGUGGGGCCGGCCGACUCCUCUCCUGCCGAGACUCCGGGGGUCUCUGGGCAGGACUGCGUGACCUCCCUGCCAGAAAGCUGCGACCCUCCGGAGGGCGAGGUCCUGCGGAUGAGCAGCGCUCUGCCCACCAUGUGGCUGGGAGCGCAGAACGGAUGUCUGUACGUCCACUCCUCUGUGGCGCGCUGGAGGAAGUGUCUGCAUGCCAUCAAGUUAAAAGAAUCCAUCCUCGGCAUAGUGCAUGUUAAAGGGAGAGUCCUCAUAGCUCUGGCCGACGGGACGUUAGCGAUUUUCCACAGAGGCCUUGACGGUCAGUGGGAUCUCACCAACUACCACCUGUUGGAUCUGGGCCGGCCCCACCACUCCAUCCGCUGCAUGACGGUGGUUCAUGACAAGGUGUGGUGCGGCUACAGAAACAAGAUCUAUGUCAUCCAGCCCAAGGCCAUGAGGAUAGAGAAGUCGUUUGAUGCUCAUCCUCGUAAAGAGAGUCAGGUCCGGCAGCUGGCCUGGGUCGGAGACGGCAUCUGGGUGUCCAUCCGGCUGGAUUCCACUUUACGCCUGUUCCACGCACACACCUACCAGCACCUCCAGGACGUGGACAUCGAGCCCUACGUCAGCAAGAUGCUGGGUACGGGUAAACUGGGCUUCUCGUUUGUGAGAAUCACAGCUCUGGUGGUUUCCUGCAGCCGACUCUGGGUGGGAACAGGAAAUGGUGUCAUCAUCUCCAUCCCGCUGUCUGAAGCCAACAAGACAGCGGGCGUCGUGCCAAACCGCCCCGGCGGCGCCGUGCGGGUCUACGGGGACGAAGCCUCGGAUUGCGCCGCGCCCGGCAGCUUCGUGCCGUUCUGCUCCAUGGCUCACGCCCAGCUGUGUUUCCACGGACACCGAGAUGCUGUCAAGUUUUUCGUGACCGUGCCAGGCCAGGCGAUGCCGCCUCCGGGCGCCGCCGACUCGGGCUCUGACGACCCCCCGUCUGAAUCCUCCGACACGGCGACGUCCGAGCCUAAAACGUAUCUGGUGAUGAGCGGAGGAGAAGGCUACAUCGACUUCAGGAUCGGCGACGACGGCGGCGACUUGGACGAGCCGUCGGACCCGACGGCCGGCCAGCAGUCGGCGCCCACCAAGGCGGAGCGCAGCCACCUCAUCGUGUGGCAGGUCACCGCCUCCCACGAGUGAAGGAUACGCCGCGUCCAUUGCCGUCCACCGCCAACCCACCCCGCAUGCCCUCCUCCCGGUUUUUAAUUUCAUAUUACUGAUCGUUCUUAAUGCCUGAGUAGCUGACUACUUUAUAAGAAAAAGCAAACAAACACAGAAAAAAAAUGAAAAAGGCGUUAUUUUUAGUCAGUGUUUUGUACGUUUUAUUCUCGAUGAAACUGAAAUAGAUAAGUUUAUGUCUGCGAAAUCGUCCAGGCGUUCCCGUCCGCUGCGCUGCUCGUCCGCACGCAGCAUGACGGCCACGCCAGCACAGCGUUAGGUAUGCAAGGCUUGAGCGGGUAAUCGUCGUCCCAAAUGCUGCCGAGGGUUUAGUUUGGGAAACAAAUGAAGGGAAUUUUCUUUCUUUUUCUUUUUUAUUUUUGUUUGCAGUCAUCAAAAUGAAGCAGGCCAUUUUGAGAUGAAUUUUCAAAACCUGAGGGCUUUCUCACGCGCUUAUCAUCAGUACAGUUAAAAGCGGGUGUAAUACACACACACACACACUUAUUGGUUUACUACAGGUAAACCUGCCUAGUGUAAAUCUGCAUGAGGAAAUCAUUGUUUCCUCAUUCGAGUGUGUGUGUGUGUGUGUGUGUGUGUGUGUGUGGCCACUUAUCCCCCCCGUCCCGCACGUGAAGGAAGCCCUCCUGUCCCUCCAGCUCAGUGCUUCCUGUUUGCUUCAGCUUAUCGGCACUUUAUU